CGCAAACUCACGCACACGCGGCCCCGCCGCCGUCGUCGUGUGAGUGCGCCGCGACCCGCCGCCGCCCGCGCGCCAUAGGCAUCCCCUCCACGGCCCGAGAGCCGGCCGGACGCCGUUCAUUCGCGAUUCGUCCUCCGACGCUGCAUGCCGUUGCCCGUCCGUCGACACGCGUACUCCAAGUGUUGUACCUCUAAUCCGCCCCGACGUUCCCGUGUGUGUGCCGUUGUUCCCGGCAGCCGCGCGCGCAGCCGUUCGUUUGAACAGCAAUAAAACAUUUUUAUCGAUUGCGCGCAUAUGUCGCGGUUCGAUACGUAUUUAUUUAUAUUUUAAUAGUAAUCGUUUUUUGUUUUUGUUUUUGUUUUCAUUUUUUUUUCGCGUUAUCAAAUGCUUCGGCGUUUCAUCGUUUUUGUCGAAUAACGUACAUCCGCCCUCCCUCGCCCCCACCCCCCACUCGUUCUAUUCCGAUUGUCGAGCCACCGGUGACGGACGAUUCAAAAAAAAUGGCAGAUGUUAUCAGCGUUCCCGCUAACGAAGGGAUAAGUGUUAAAAAUGAACGCGAUGAUCCAGAAAUCAAUGCAAUGGCCCUUAAAAUGAAAGAAAACUAUCAAAAAUCUGCUUCAGCUGCAGCAAAACAGCUAAGUUCUUCUCCAGCCAAUGUUUAUAUAAACAGAGCUGGUAGAGCAGUAAGUUUAACUAUUGCACCAAUUUCACAGAAAAAUAAUCAAGAAAAGUUAUCUAAAGAUAGUGAAGAUGUAAAAAGUAUUCAAGGUAUCUUCUGCUGGAAGUCAAUUGCAGGAUACUUUAUACCAUACAUUAUUCGUGUAAUUAAUGGUGAAGAAUUGAAGUUUGUAUCUGUACGGAUGGCUGAGACUCAGCUGCUCAGCAAUUACUUACACUACUUACAUGCUGAUAUUUAUACAUGCACGUCAGUGAGAAGUCACUUUAUCACUGACUCAGAAGCAAAAAUAUUAAAUGAGAUUAAUAUAAAACACUGUGAUAAUAUUUAUGGAAAAGAUACAUUUUAUGCUGGCAAAGAUUAUAUUGUUCGUUUAGAAGAUGUCCAUGAAUUUUAUACGUUUAUAGAAGUAUGUUAUAAAAAACUACUAUGCAAUAUUACUCCAAGUCGCAAAGAAAAAUGUGGUUUUAUUCGAAUCAAUUCCGAAUCUGUUGUACCAUACUGCCUUAAAGAUGGCCAAAAAUAUGUUCCACUUUUCUAUUUUGAAGGCGAAACAGAAAAUUUAAGGCAUCGCGCUGUAAAACUCGAAAAUUGGAACUUAGCCUAUCUUAAGUUCUGUUGUAAAGUUCAGGGUAUUAGAAAUGAGUUAUUUGCUAGUGAUUCAUGCACGGUGACUAGUCUUGAUGAUAUCAAGAACUAUUUUCCUCCCGAAACCCAUUUCGAAGAAUACUGGCCAGCAAAAGUGAUUGAUACACAGCUACUAACAAAUCAAAAAUCCACCCACGUCAAUCCACCAGGUGCCUGGAUCAGAACCCCCCCUGAAGUACCUGCCCCUGCCACAGCUGUUCCACACUCAUUAGCUGCUUCAGCACCAGUGAUACCACAAAAUAUGCCAGCGGUAAUGAAUACCUUUCAAAAUGGAUGGCCACCAAAUCAAAUGGUUAAUUCAUAUACCACUCCAGCUUUGCCCCCACAAACAACACGUGGCUAUUCUAUCGCAUCCAGAAAUCAAAGUAUAGCUGCACAGUGCUAUAAAGCGGGACCACCGAUGUCUCAAGGUAAUAAUAGUUCAAUGAGUAGUGGGAGUCAUGCUAUACCACCACCGCCUCUUGUCCGUGCAAACAAUACGGCACCAGUAAUUGGUAAUACUGCGUCAUAUUCCAAUACUGUGCCUGUUACUCAACCAACCAUGUACAAUCCAGUGCCCAGUAGCAGUGUGAUGUCACAUUCAAGUCAAAAUAUGCAACAAUUCUAUAAUCAACGUCCUAGUAACACUAGUCAAGCCCAACAACAACAGCAGCAACAACAACAACAACCACAACAACAGCAACAAAUCAUUACUACUCCUCAAGUUCAGCCAUAUAGUAGUCAAACAUCUAUGCACGGUCGUUUAACUAACACUCAACAGCGCAACGCUAUAAGGAAUGUUGCACCAGUUGUAAUUACCCCGGCUACUGAAAUCAUUGACUUAUCAUCUCCGCCAUCUAGUCCUGCUCCUACACCUGUACAAGAUGCUCCUCUUCGCCCUAAUGUUGGAUGGGAAUUAAAAAAAAUACCCGAACGGAUGUGGGCACAAGACUCAUCAAAUAAUGCAGCAUACAAGAUCCAAAAGGCAACACUCCACGGAAGAAUGAUCCACUGCAUAAACGCCAAACCUUACAUAUAUUCAGAUUUGAUGGUGACCUUAGACGAUUUGAUCCAAAUGAUGUUGCCCUCGUGCUCUGUCGCGAGGUGCGCGCACGUCUUGCACAAAUACUUAAACAUAACGCUGUUUUGUGGAAAUUCUGAACAGGUGAACGUGUUGCGGGAGAACGGACGUCUCAGGUCGGUAUACGCGGAGGACACGCCGAUGGUCAUGCUUCAAGACAUCACGCACGUGUUGCCACAACUAAAAAGUCUGUUGUCCAAGCAAGACCAACAGAUCAACAUUACCAAUCCGCGGCUGGACCGUCAAAGAGACAUCGCACCAGCUAGGAAUGGGCCGGGCACGGCGGAAGCCGACCCGACUGGCCCAAGCCGCCAGCGGGUAGCAGCGGCAGCGGAAGCAGCAGCAGCGGCAGUAGUGCGAUUCCAACCCCCGCCGCCACUUCCGGUUGGUACUCGCCGACCGCAUCCGACAGCAACGAUUGGCUGAACGCCGGUGCCGGUCCGUCGCAAUCGCCGCACCCGCCGCACCCGCUGAUGCAAAACGCUUAUCAGAGCCCGAAUAAUUGGCCCCCGCCCCCGCCCUACAUGUGAGAACUGCCACCGAAAAA